AUGAGCAAAGGUGGAAGUGAUUUUGGAAUGCAAGGACUCAUUUCGAUCAUCAACGAUAUUCAGGAUGUCUUUUCGAUCGUUGGUGGAAAUCAGAUCGAUUUGCCGCAGAUUGCCGUGGUUGGUGGCCAGAGUAGCGGAAAGAGCUCAGUUUUGGAGAACAUUGUCGGUAGAGACUUUCUCCCCCGAGGCAGCGGUAUCGUAACGCGCUGUCCCCUGGUUUUGCAGUUAGUUCGCGUAAAGGAUCUUGCAACAGAGUAUGCGGUGUUUGCCCACAAGCCCAACAAGCAGUUCUAUGAUUUUGACGAAGUCCGCGACGAAAUCGUAAGCCAAACUGAGCGCGAAACCGGAACGGGCGUCUGCGUGACCGACAAGCCCAUCAACCUCAAGAUCUAUUCUCCAAACGUGGUAAACCUGACUCUCAUCGACCUCCCCGGCAUCACGCGCAAUCCUGUCGGCGAUCAGCCUCGGAACAUCGAGGAGAUCCUGCGCAACAUGGUGGUUCGGUACAUCCGCGAGCCCUCCUGCAUCAUUAUGGCCGUCACGGCCGCGAACACCGACCUCGCCCUGAGCGAUGCGAUCCAGCUGGCGAAGGAGUACGAUCCCUCCGGCGAGCGCACCAUCGGCGUGAUCACCAAGGUGGACAUCAUGGACAAGGGCACGGACGCCAGCGACAUCUUCGACGGGCACGUGAUCCCGCUGAAGCUGGGCUACGUGGGCGUGAUCAACCGCAGCCAGAAGGACAUCAACUCGCGCAAGGACAUGCAUCUGCAGUGGGAGGACGAGCGCCGGUUCUUCCAGACCUACUACCCCGACCGGUGCAACCGCAUGGGCACGCAGUACCUCCGCGACCGGCUCAACGCGCUGCUGGUGGAGCACAUCAGCCGCUCGCUGCCCGAGAUCAUCACCAAGGUCACCGCCUACCGGCAGCAGAUCGCCGCGCAGCUCGCCGAGAUCAAGUCGGUCAACGACGGGCUCGCCGACGUCAACGCCACCGCCGUCCAGCUCUUCCUCAGCUACUCGCAGCAGCUCAAAGUGCUGCUCUUCGGCCGCGGAACCGACACCACGCAGACCGACGAGCUCUCUGGCGGCGCGCGCAUCCUCGACAUCUUCUCCCACGAGCUCACCAGCGGCAUCCAGGCGCUCAACGCGCGCGAGUGCCUCACCGUCAAGGAGAUCCGCACCGCCAUCGUGAACAACCGCGGCAUUCACGGGGGACUGUUCGCGUCGGAGAAGGCGCUGGAGGUUUUGAUCGGGCGGUGCCUGGCGCAGUUCGAGUCGCCGUGCUUCGUGUGCGUCGAGAAGGUCAAGACGGAGUUUCAGAGCGCGGUGAGCAACAUCAAGCUCCCCGAGUUCCAGUAUUUCCCGCGGCUGCGCGACGCGGUGAUUCGGGAGACGCUGGAUCUGCUGGAGGAGAAGAGUCUGAUCACGAAGGACAUGGUGCACGUGCUUCUGGAGAUGGAGAAGGCGUACAUCAACACCUCGCACGAAGCCCUGUCGUCCGACCGAAUCCAGAAGCUGCAGGGCAACGCCAUCGCGACGGCACGCGCGGUACGCUCCGAGUCGCUCGCUGAGAACGUAGAGGUUCGCGCAGCAGCUCCAUCCGAACGAUCCUCCCGAGUUCCAGGAGCCCAUGGUGCAGGGCUGGGUGUGGGUGCGCGGCGCGCGAGGCCGGCUGGACCGCAUGUACGCGAUGAUCAAGCAGCGCUCGCUGCUGUACAACGCGACGACCGCGCUGGACCGCAGCGAUCCGGGACUGAAGCAGGUGUUUUUGGAGGGCGCGUCGGCGCGCGUGCUGCACAACAACGCGGCGAUGGGCGAGUUCGAGUUCGAGGUCAGCGUGGGAGAGGAAACGCUGGUGCUGCGUGUGGAGAGCGAGGCGCAGGAGACGAACUGGAUCGCGUGGGUGAAUCUGGCGAGCAGCGAGGAUGCGUGGCGCGACACGCUCUCGAAGAUGUUCGUGCCCGAGAAGAACGAAAAGGAAGAAGAAGAAGCGGCGAAGGCGGCCGAGGAAGAGACCUCGGUGUUUCGAAAGAGCAAGGUGGGCGUGCUGCGCGAGAGCGGCGAGUGGGACGGGUACAACAAGAACGAGCAGAUUAUGAUCGAGUACAUGUCGCGACUGAUCGACACGUAUCUCGAGACGGUGAAGAAGAAUCUCAUGGACUCGCUCCCCAAGUGCAUCACGCUGUAUCUGCUCAACCGCACCGUGGAGAACGUGUACAACGCGCUUAUCUCCAAUAUCUACAACCGAAACCUCGUCCCUAGUCUGAUGGCGGUGAUGGCUUGGGAGAGAGAUCAUUCCUAGGAGGACGAGGCGCUGAUUAAGAAGCGGGAGGAUCUGCAGCGUGUGCUGAAGCUUCUCGAUAAGGCUUUGCGAAACAUGACCAGUAUGAAGAUGCAGAAGUCGCAGCCGACCGAGAUUCCGCAGCCGGGCGUCCGAAAGGAUCUCAGUCCGUGGGAGAAGGGAGCGUUCAACUCGCCUUCGGAUAUUGACUGGUCGAUGGUGCGAAGCAAGGGAUCGUUAUUUGACAAGAAGUAGUGGACUCAGUUUUUGUCCUUUGGAUUCAUGAGUC